AUGGACCCCGCGUCGUCCGGCCCGUCCAAGGCCAAGAAGACCAACGCCGGCAUCCGGCGCCCGGAGAAGCCGCCGUACUCGUACAUCGCGCUCAUCGUCAUGGCCAUCCAGAGCUCGCCCAGCAAGCGCCUGACGCUCAGCGAGAUCUACCAGUUCCUGCAGAGCCGCUUCCCCUUCUUCCGCGGCGCCUACCAGGGCUGGAAGAACUCGGUGCGCCACAACCUCUCGCUCAACGAGUGCUUCAUCAAGCUGCCCAAGGGCCUGGGGCGGCCCGGCAAGGGCCACUACUGGACCAUCGACCCGGCCAGCGAGUUCAUGUUCGAGGAGGGCUCGUUCCGGCGGCGGCCGCGCGGCUUCCGAAGGAAGUGCCAGGCGCUCAAGCCCAUGUACAGCGUGAUGAACGGGCUGGGCUUCAACCACCUCCCGGACACCUACGGCUUCCAGGGCGCGGCCGGCGGCCUCUCGUGCCCGCCCAACAGCCUGGCGCUGGAGGGCAGCCUGGGCAUGAUGAACGGCCACUUGGCGGGCGGCGCGGACGGCAUGGCCCUGACGCCUGCUCUGGCUGAUUCAAGCUCCUGGGUCCUGCUGCCCUGGUGGACCCCUGUUCUCUGGGGAAGCCUCUUCCCGUACUUGCCGGCCUGCACCAUCCUGACCCUCUUGACCUUCCACGCAGGCAGCCCGGCCUCUGGGGUUGGGAGCUGCUCCCCCAACCCCCCUGUCCCCUCGCCCGCAGGCAUCCCGCGGUAUCACUCCCAGUCGCCCAGUAUGUGUGACCGAAAGGAGUUCGUCUUCUCUUUCAACGCCAUGGCGUCCUCAUCCAUGCACUCAGCCGGCGGCGGUUCCUACUACCACCAGCAGGUCACCUACCAAGACAUCAAGCCCUGCGUGAUGUGA